ACGCAUCCAAUUAUUUCAAACGAAACAGCAGUCAUGCUCGUCGCAGCCUUACUUUCUGUAGUGCUCGCAGUCUGCGUGCAAUCGGCUCGUAACGACAGCAUCCAGCAGUAUGCCGAUGCGAGUAACUUCUUCGCGUUCAACCUUCUCCAGAGACUUCCAUACCGCGAGAGUCACGUCUUCGUUUCGCCAUUCAGCGUUUCCGUAGCCAUGGCUAUGGUCUACGACGGCGCUGCAGGAAUCAGCGAGCGUCAACUUUACGAGGUUCUAGGAUACCAGGAAGCCGGUCUCGCAGGAAAAGCCAACGUAUUAUCUAGGCUGCAGCAAAUCCUUCGCAGCGAAAGCGCAAUGAGUGACGGUGUGACCCUGGAAGCUGCCAACGCUGUUCUGGUAAAGAAAGACUACCCUAUCGUGGAACGGUACAAGUCGGAUCUACAAGGCGUGUUCAAUGCCAGGAUUGAAGAGGUGGACUUCUUCAACGAUAACGCUGCCGCUAUUGCUGACAUUAACAGAUGGGUAUCGGAAAAAACGAGAGGACAGAUAAGUGAUGCUGUUGAGCGGUUGCCUGGCGAUACAGUGAUGUUCAUCAUGAACGCUGUGUACUUCAAAGGAGAUUGGCAAGUCGAGUUUGAUCAGUCGAAGACGUCUCUGCUCCCUUUUUACAACAAUGGCGAGACUUCAACGCUCGUCGAAACAAUGCUUUCGCACGACAGAUACAGGUACGCCAGCGACAAUCACCUCCACGCGGACAUUGUUGAACUGCCUUACAAAGGAAAAGACUUCAGCAUGGUCGUGCUUCUUCCACAUGAACGUGACGGCCUGGUUCAUCUUGUCGAAGCAUUGACAGCAUCGGCUUUUCACGCUGCCCUCGGUCGUCUAACCUUAGCGGAAGUGAAGUUGAAGUUCCCAAAGUUCAAGCUUCAAUCUAAGUACAGCCUCGUUGAGCCUCUUUCCUUUCUCGGUGCAACCUCUAUUUUCGGGUCCGGUGCCGAUCUGAGUGGUAUAAGCGGACGUAAAGAUUUGUAUGUGUCUGAUGUACUCCACAAGGCCGUCAUCGAAGUGAACGAAAAAGGCAGUGAGGCCUCUGCGUUUACUGGCGUCAUCGUGCGACCCCUGUCUGCUUCCCAUCCUGAUCCGCUUCCGGUGGAGAUGCACGUGGACCAUCCUUUCGCAUUUUGCAUUCGAGACGCAAAAACGGGCCUCAUUUUGUUCUUGGGCGUUGUCAACGAGUUGUAAAUAGUGCAGCGUAACAUUGGUUUUAGUGUUGCUUGUCCACUUUGGUGCUGCCCUGUCUUAUCUUCUGCAGAAAAGAUACAAGCGGUGAGCACUUUUAAAAUUGUUUUAUGCCGGGACGCUCUUCCUGAUACUUGCGUGAAAUAAAAUGUGGAAAACAUUAA